GCAGCUGAUAUUCAAAGCCUCCGGAUCGAGUCGAUCGCUGCUCACUUACUAUGGUCUUGUGAGGGCAGCGGGCAGUAAAAGCAAUAAAGAUUACGACGCCGGUGCAUGGAGUCAUCAAACUGUGAUAUAGUAUUGUGAACCGUCUUCUAGUUAGUUGUCGUACAGGCAUAUGUAUGUAUACAUAGUAGAUAUUCUGUACAGCUGAGACAAUGGUGUCCAUAAAUAGACGCCUGCUGCCUAUCAAGGCGCAUUUCUUCUUUUUUAUGGCGGCCAUGGGUCCCAUAUUGCCGCAGCUCUCGGUGAUAGGCAAACAGAUUGGCAUACCGCCGGACAUAAUGGGCUAUAUCACCGCCGUCUUGCCCGUUCUGUAUGUGUUGGCCAAGCCACUAGUUGGCUUUUUAGCUGAUUAUUUUAUGCACUUGCGCAAGGUCAUCUUUAUGGCAUUGAUUGUAAUCAUGACCUUGGCCUAUGGCGGUUUCUAUUUUCUGCCCAAUGCACCACAUCCCAUUGAGCUGAACGAAACGAGCGUGGAGUGGCCAGUGACGUUGACAGAGGCGCCGCUCCACUGUCCGCCAGAGAUUUAUGCCGCCGAUACCCAUUGUCAGGCGGCGCAUGAGGCUGAAUGCAGCCAGGGCGACUACAUUUUUCAGGCAUUAAUAGCGGCGCCUGAUGCUCUGGCUAACCUGGAAGCCAGUCCCAAUCUGAAAUAUGGCAACGACAGCUACUUCAUUUGCCUCACUGAGCAGAAGAUGGCCAGCUACUGGAGCAACACCUCCCUCUCCUGCCGGCUGCAGCACAUCGACAGCUGUGUCUACGGCAGUGGAGCGUUCUGGCUGUUCGUUGCCAUGCUCUUCAUUGGCACCAUUGGCUUCAAUGUGACCAACUCCAUAUCGGAUGCCUGCUGCUUUGAUAUGCUGGGCGAGGCAGAGCAGAGCAAAUAUGGUGCCCAGCGCGUUUGGGGUACCAUUGGGUUUGGAGUGACUGCGCUAAUCGCCGGAGUUGUGGUCAAUCUGUGGACAACGGAUGCAGUGAAGAGCUUUACGCCCGCCUUGAUUAUAAUGGGCGUGUUUAGUGUGCUGGAUUUGUUCAGCGUGUCCAAGCUAAAGUUGCCCAAAUUGGGCGGCUCCGAGUCCAUCUGGACAGAUGUCUGGCAGCUGGUGCGUCAGCCGCCGAUUGUAACCUUCUUGUUCUUCGCCACAAUGGCCGGCAUAAUUGACUCGUUCAUAAUCUACUUUAUGUUCUGGCAUGUGGAAGAGGUGGCCGCCCAGACGGGUUAUAUGGCGGACAUCAAACUCAUCGAAGGCCUCGUCGUGGCUGCGGAAUGUCUGGCGGGCGAGGUGCCAUUCUUCUUCUACAGCGGAAAGAUUAUCAAGAAACUGGGCUACGUGCACUGCAUGAGCAUGUGCUUCUUCUUCUAUGCAGUGCGUCUGUCGCUCAUCUCCUGGAUACCGAAUCCCUGGUAUCUAGUGGGCGUGGAGCUGUUCUUCCAGGGCGUAACCUACGCCCUCUGCUACACUUGCAUUGUGGCCUAUGCCUCGGCCGUGGCCCCGCCCGGCACCUCAGCCACGGUCCAAGGCCUCAUGGCUGGCAUGGACGAUGGGCUGGGCUUCUCCAUUGGCUCACUCAUCGGAGGCAUUAUGUUUAAGAGGCUGGGCGGACGUGAGAGUUUCAAGUAUUUUGCCAUAGCUGCCAUCUGCACAUGCGUGGCGCACAUCGUACUCCGUCCGUUGUCCAGGAAACGGCAGUAUUUACCCAAAAGCGAAUAUCAAGUGCCACCCGAGCUGCCCGAAAGCGAGCUGAGGCCCAUGACGCCACAGGAGAUGCCAAAAGUAUAUUAGUUUUAGUUUCCAUUUUGUAUUAUUGCAUACGAUUUUUUUUACAACUUUAUUUAAAUACUUGCUCCCAAGUUGGAUAACAUUUUCGAUUGUUUUAUUUGAACAAGUGCUCUCCAUAUUUCAACGUACACGAGGCGCCGACAACUCUCAAGAGGCUUAUUGAAAUGUUGAAUAAUACCAUAAAAAAA